AUGUCUGCUGCCGCGACGACCGCGACGUGCCAGAAGGCGGGCGUCAUCUUCCUGCACGGCCUCGGCGACACGCCGGCGGGCUGGAGCGACAUCAAGCACCAGAUGGCGCAGCUGAAUCCGAAGCUCGCGUCGCCGGAGAUCACCUGGGACUUCCCCGCGGCGCCGGUGAUCCCCAUCUCGGUCAACGGCGGCGCGACGAUGCCCGGCUGGUUCGAUUUGUACGACUGGCCCAUCGACGUCACGGCGCCCGACGACCCCGCGGGGACGAUGCGGGCGGUGGAGACGAUCCGCGCGGCCAUCGCCAAGCUCGAGGCGGCGGGCGUGCCCACGGAGCGCAUCGUCGUCGGCGGCUUCAGCCAGGGCGGCGCCAUCGCGCUGAACACGGCCUACCGGCACCCCGCGAAGCUCGGCGGCUGCGUCGCGCUCAGCGGGUGGCUCAACAUGAAGGCCGACUUCGCGGAGGGCAAGGAGUUCCCGACGGAGGCGUCCAAGGCCACGCCCUGCCUCUGGGGCCACGGCGCCAUGGACGACAAGGUCCUCUUCCCCCACCAGAAGAUCGGCGUCGACCUCCUCACGGCCCGGGGCGUGACCGUGGACGCGUCGAACUACCCCAUGGGCCACAGCGCGCACCCCGAGGAGCUCGCCAAGCUCGCCGCCUUCCUCGCGGGCAUCCUCUUCCCCUAG